CAUAAUUCAUGUUGAGUACAAGUGUAGUACCAACGUUCUUAUUCUGCCUACAUUUGCAAUGCAGAACUUAAACAUCAACAAAGUAAGAUCUUAUCCACAUUCACAUAAUUGUGGAAUCAUAAAAGGUAUUCACUGUGGUUCAUUUGUGUGCCUAUUGAUACAUCAACAAGAUCACACUCAAAAUCAAUCUGCAUACUUUAUAAAACUUGUAACAAGUAAUAAUGAGGAAAAAGCAUCCCUUGAGAUAGACAUUGGCAAAGAUAUCAUUACCUCUCAGAUUUGGACUACAUAGCUCUAGUGAAUUUGGCAUUUGUGUCAACUUCCACUAGAAUAUUUAUGAUUGAUUGUAACACUCCAGAAGUGGUUUCCAUAAAUAUUCCAGUAGUAAAUGAUGACUGUGUAAUUGCAACUUCAUGGAAUUCUGAACAUGAUUCCUUGGCAGUUGCCUACCAAUCUGGUAAAGUGAUGGUGUAUUGCAUAAAUUAUGCAACUUUCAAUCUAAUUUUAUUAGCUGAAGAUAAUCCAGAACACAAGGGUGAACAAAGUGUUUAUUUGGGCUGGGGGGAUGUCAAAAAACAAUUUAAAGGGAAAGCAGUUGCAUCAUACUUGAAGGAGAGUCAUCCACCAGAAAGUACAUACAAACACUUAUCACAGGAUGCAUUUAUAAGUUGGCAAGUUGGUGAAAGGUUUUUCUUGGUAAAUUCACAGUUAGCCAAUGAACGAGUCAUUCGAAUUUUUGAUAAUGAGUGUCGACUAUUUUAUACUAUAACAAACAUGAAGGUUCCUGGGCUUUGUUCGAAAACGGCAUUUCGGCCAAAACACAAUACACUCGCAACUGUUUGCAAAAGCGACGAUUCGACGUCAUAUAUUGUUAUGCAUGAACGAAAUGGAGAGUACUAUAAUACAAUUUUCCCAUCUUCUAAUGGAAAUGUUCAAGACAUACAAUUUAGUACUUGCGGCCGUAUCUUUACUAUUUUGUCAUAUUCCAAGGAAAAGUAUUUUCUAGAUGUAUAUAUGCAAUCAAACUUCAUAUGGUUACAUAAAUUCAGGUUUACUGAAGAAACUGAGAAAUUAAUGAUUGCAUUUAGAUUAAAUCAAACAAUAGAAGACACAUAUUCGAUUGAAAUGAUAUAUUACGAUUGCGUCGCUAUCUAUGAACUAGUCCAAGUAGUAACCUCUGUGGAAGAUUGUCACAGGGUAUAUGUUCAUAUUGGCAACAGUUUACAGGAAUUUGAUUACAAGAAAAGCGUUAUUCCACCUUGUGGAGUAAUUGAUUCAAUUUUAAAUACUAAUGAACCGAUUAAUAAUGUGGUUGCACAUGAAAAUAUCUUGAUACUUAUAGAUUCACAGGAAGUUGCACACGUGUAUCGGAAGCGGGACGAAAAAUGGCAAGAAGAUCACCCAAUUAACUUAAAAUUAAAAUCCAAUAACUUACCUGUCACAUGGACGAAAUAUUUAUUAAGUGUAAUUGAUGAUACAGAUUGUUUGAUGGCCAUUGGAUUUGUAAACAAUACAUGUAUGAAACGUAUUGUAAGGCUUGAUGGUGAUAAAAACAAUGAUCAUCAGGAGGUUACAGAAAAUGUUAAUUAUGCUUAUAAAACAAGCAAUAGUAACAUUAUCAAUGUGAUAUCCGCGGAUGCUUAUAGAACCAGUAGUAUACAAUCAGUAUUUAAUUUUUCUGAAUUGAAAGUGGAUUGUGUAUUACUCCAGAAUGGGGAAUUGUACAUUAACCAGAAGUGCUUUGCGAAAGGAGUCACUUCAGUACUUAACUAUACUGAGUUGUAUUUACUGAUAACUAUUACCUGCUAUGAUGAUCCAAUGGAUCGAAUGUAUUGCAUAACUGUUGAACGUUUAUUGACACAGUCAUUGCCACCAAUCAACGAAAUUUCCUGGUCUCGACGAAUCGAAAAGGGAACGAUAUUGAUUUGUAUGGCGGAUGAUGAUGGCAGUGUGAUUUUGGAAAUGCCUCGUGGAAACAUUGAAUUAGUUACUGUACGACCAAUUAUUUUGAGAAAACGCCCGCGCUUACCGCUGAUGGAAGUUUUAUGA